AUGGAUCCAUCUCGACGCCUGAGUUUCGGGCCUUGUGUCUGCGUACUGUUCAUCAUGCUGGUUGGCAGGCGAAUUCCCUGCAUCAACUGGUUGGGAAGCGCUUGGGAUGUUCGGCUGAACGCCGGCAGGUCAUCGCAACUUUCGGACUCAAUGGUGGACAACGGUUUGUCAGCACCGACACGGGACAGGCAGCUGUCCACGCUCGCAGCGCAGCGUGCAGCUGAUGUGAGCGCUGUGGCCACUGUGGGGUCCCAGGAUCUGAACUUGUAUGGCCAGCCGCUCCAACCUUGCUCCCAAGAGGGAGAUACAACAACAGGCUGGACUCGGACGGGCUCUUGCGCUUGGGAGCCUUCGGACCGUGGAUAUCACCAGGUUUGUGUUACCAUGAGCCGCCAGUUUCUGCAAUCCAGUGCAAAGUACGACUCGAACGACCUUUCCAGUGUUGUCGGGGAAGGUGGUCACUGGUGCAUCUGCGCAUGGGCUUGGGCGGCCGCGGUCUCUCGCGAUCCUCAACACUUUGAGAAUUUGAGGCUAGAUUGUGCCAGAACCAAUGCCUACCUUCGUGACGUGUACAGGAGCUAUUCCGCCUCUGGCCGUGGCAUGGCGUCACCAUCAGGCUUGCAAUAUGAAGCGCAGGCAGCUUUGGAAGCCGUCGAGCAGCUGUGCAGGGCUGACAAGGCGUGA